AUAUCCGUUUUACUUUCUGGUUUCUAUUUCUCUUCUGUGGGGCCAGCUGCAGAGAAACAGGAAAGGAAAUCAGCUGCUGGUGAUAUAUAAGGGUCUGUAGCUCUUCCUUAGGAGUCGGAGGACGAGAUUGUCUGCAGCUGCCUGCAGCCGCUCUGAGCCCUUCAACACAGCUGAGAGGCACAGCAACCAUGAGCACAACCAUAGAGAAAUCCUUGGAGAGCAGGCUCCAGCAGCUAAAAUGCCAUUUCACCUGGAACUUAAUAACGAAAGAUGAGUCCUUGGAUGAGUUUGAGGACAGGGUGUUUAACAAGGACGAAUUUCAGAACAGUGAGUGUAAAGCCACGAUGUGCAACAUCCAGGCCUAUGUCAACCACCUCAGAGGCCAAAACGAGGCAGCGCUGAACUGUUUAGAGGAUGCUGAACGUUUCAUUCAGCAACAGCAUCCUGACCAAGUAGAAACCAGAAGUCUGGUCACCUGGGGAAACUACGCUUGGGUUUACUAUCACAUGGGCCAACUCUCAAAAGCACAGGCUUAUCUCGACAAGGUGAGAGGGGUCUGUGAGAAGUUAUCCAGUCCCUAUAGGAUCGAGAGUCCUGAGCUUGACUGUGAGGAAGGGUGGGCCCGAUUAAAGUGCACCCAGAACCGAAAUGAGAGAGUGAAGGUGUGUUUUGAGAAGGCUCUGGAAAAGGACCCGAAGAACCCAGAAUUCACCUCUGGAUGGGCCAUUGCAUGCUACCGUCUGAACUACUGGCCAGCACGGCAGGACUCCAUUGAUUCUCUGAAGGGAGCUCUUAGACUUUCUCCCAACAACUCUUAUCUUAAAGUCCUCUUGGCACUGAAGCUUGAGACGGUAGAUGAAAACCAAGCAUGUGAACUAGUGGAAGAAGCCAUAAGGAAAGCCCCAGGUGCGACAGAUGUGCUGCUCAGUGCAGCCAAGUUUUAUUACAAGACACAUGACGCAGACAGAGCUAUAGAGCUGCUUACAAAGGCUUUAGAAUACCUGCCAAACAAUGCCUAUGCACAUUACCAUAUUGGGUGCUGCUACAGGUCAAAAGUGCUUGGAAUGGUUCAUACAAGAGUGACUGCAUUCAAUGGGAAUCAAACAAGGUUUCAGGAACUAAUACAACUGGCAAUUAACCACUUAAGGAAAGCAGAGGAGAUCAAGGAAUUUCUCGAACAUUCCUGUAGCUACCUUGCUGGACUUUAUGCCAUGGCAAACCAGUAUAAAGAAGCCGAUUAUUACUUCCAGAAAGAACUCAAGAAUGUUCUCACACCAAGCAACAAACAGUUGCUCCACCUACAGUACGGCAAUUUCCAGUUGUUUCAAAUGAAGUGUGAAGACGAGGCCAUCCAUCAUUUUAUGGAGGGUGUGAAAAUAAGGCGGGAGACGAAGCCUAAAGGAAAGAUGAUAAACAAACUUCAAAGAAUUGCCCUAAGGCGACUUUCUGAAAAUGAAUUUGAUUCUGAGGCCUUGUACAUCUUGGUGUUUCUUCGGGAGUUGAAUGAAGAAGGCGAGCAAGCAGCUAAAGAAGCUGAGAGGGUGCUGGAUGCUGAGAAGGCUGCUCCUUCAGCAUCUUUGCAUGAGGAUGCGGAUGAGUAGGGGUGACAGGGUGUCUGCAGUGUUACUGAUGGUAAAAAAAUGAAAUCCUUACCAAGUUGCUAUUCAAUGUAUUUAACAACUUCAUGGACAGGAACCCUUCUAUCAAAUGUUAGCUACUGAAUUGCUGGAUCAGAGAGCUUUGAGAGAGGAACCAGUUGGAGCCAUAGACACAAGAGCCUGGCAAACAGCCUAGAUUCCUUUUUAUUUCUUAGAGAUAGUUCCCAUGGUAGCAAUUCUUUAAUCACCCUCUUUGGAUGCUUCUCUUGGGUUUGUUUCUGUAAUUAUUUAAAGCAGCCAAAUUCCUCAAAUGGGCGAGUUUUCCAUUCUUGAGUUAUUUUAGCGAUUGCACAGCCUUGUUCUACAUAGAUAACAGUGCCCAUCAAAAAACUCAGGAGCCAGGGGCAGUUGCUCAAAACCAUAAUCUCAGCACUUGGAAGCUGAGACAGAAGGAUUACCAUGAGUUUGAAGUCAGUCUGAGCAUGACCUGGAAAGGGUGGUGGAGGGUGGUGAGAAUUAUCCAUGUAACUAUUUAAUGAUUAUGUACAUUAUCUUGUUAGUUUGGAUUGUAUAUGCCUGUAUAGCCACUGUCAGCACACAUUUCUAAAGCACGGAAGCUAGGGAUUUUGUUUACUAUAUAAUUUCAAAGCUCACAAAAUAGUGCUCAAUAUUAGUUAUGCUCAAAAUAGAAACUGAAUGGCGAGUUUCAGGUCUAAAAACAAACAAGAAACAGCAAAGGCUGACAGACAAAAUCCUUCCUCCAAUUUACCAGCCAGUCAUCAAUUUACAGUGUCCCAUAAACAUGAGUUUAUUUGCAACAUUAGCUCAGAUGGCAACCUAAUUGGAAAACUCAGAACAGAGAAAGUAAGAAGGGCCAUAUCUGUGCAAACCAAUAGAGUCAGACGAUUACAUUGUCAGACUUGCGGGAGGAAGAUGGGGAGACUUCUUCCCAACUCUGCUCUCCCUACGAGGGUGGAGCUACAUGAAAAUAAGGGGGGGUUCUGUCUACCAUAGUGACAAGUGAAAUAAAUAUUUAUUUCAAACUUGAGUGGUAACUCCCGUGGAGACGAAGAGAAUGUUGAUUCAUCCUUGACGAUUAUAAAGCCAUGAAGAAACAGUUUAUAGUCACUAUUAGGAAGAUGUCCCUGUCAUAUGAAUACUUCCUUAUUCAACAGUGCUAUACUGAACCCGCAUUAGAGAUGCUAGGAGGACACUGGGUGGGAGAAUAACUUGGUAACUGUGGCCUGGUGGUAGGAAAUGGUAGGAGGGAGAAUUCUUUCCUGCAUUAGAAAUGUUGCAAACCAAGGAAUAUAAAAACUUCUUUGAACUCUGAAAAAUACUCAGGAACAUCAGGAAACUGAUGAUGGGCAUUUCCUCGGUAGAUCUGGAAUGGCCUAAACAUUAAGGUUGAUGUGCUGCAGCAGAGAGGCGAUUGGCCCAACGUGAGGCUGACAACCGCCUCUGGGGUAGAAAUGAUUCUCUAUUGGCAUUAGUUUGCUUAUAAGUAUAUAUGAAUAUAUUUCAGCAAUCAAAAUAUAUUAGAUUAAUAGUUGUUAAAACUGAACAUUCUAACAGCUGUAACAAUGUUCCCUGUUAUUUUAACUCUUAUAAGGCUUUGUAUGCACUUAAGUUUAUCAGUAGACAGCAUUUGAAUUUCUUUGUUAAUAAAUAACACACGAUAGAACAUUGAGCAGUGUUCUGGCUGAAUAGAAAUUUUACUGUACUCUCACUGUCUUAGACUUCAGUACUAAUAAUAAAGA